GUGGCGCUGUGAUCCGUGUCACAGAAUCUUGUGACACAGAUGGCAAUGCUGUUUUUCAUAGCGCUAUCGAGAGGUGAAUAUAGGAGGCUCAACAACUAUUGUUUUCAGCGGCGUACACUGUGCUCGCAUCGUUUCUGCAAGCAUCGCUCGAUCGCUCUAACAUUCAUAUAGUCCGAGUUUCGGGCGUAGACCGGUUUUGCUUGGCUAUCGUUAACUUUUCAACUGUGGCGGAAAUCAUGACGUCAUGAAUGAAGUGUCGAUGACAAACGGAUGAUACAUCGAAAUGAUACGGGAUUGUGUACACGCUAAAGUGUUUGCUUUUCAAUGUGACUCAUUUCGUGGGAAAGCAUUCGGUGCAAAAGCAAGGGGAGAGCGGCGUUUCGUCCGGGUCUCGCUAGAGGACUCAUCGGUAAGGCUUUUCUAGCGGGCCCUGCCUUAGACAUCGGGAUAUCGGAAGAACGGACAAAGUCUGUAUAUAUACAAACUGAGGCGGAUCGCUUACUUGCGGGAAAGGAGAAUCCAUCUGCUGGCGAGUCUGGAGGUAGCCGCCACACGUUCUUGGGUUUUAUUCGCGAAUCUAUAAUUUCGAAGCCGUAGUCUUAUGAAGAAUUGACUUGUAAAAAUCAACAAAGAUGUCAGAUCAUUUUGGUCCAAUCACUUUAAAAUGGGAUCCCAAGAAUUUGGAAAUUCGUACUAUGUCUGUAGAGAAGACAUUAGAGCCUUUAGUUUUACAAGUAACCACGCUUGUAAAUACAAAGGGCCCCAGCAAAAAGAAGAAAGGAAAGUCAAAGAGAGCUAGUGCUCUCGUAGGAACUGUAGAAAAGGCAACUAGUAAUUUUAUUGAGAAAGGUGAACAAAUUGCUUACGAAAAUCCUGAUAUUACUGCUGAAAUGUUAAGUGCUGUUGAAGAAGUCAAGAAGACUGGUGCAGCAAUGAGCAUUGCUGCUAGGGAAUUCUCCGAAGAUCCUUGCUCUUCGUUAAAAAGAGGCAAUAUGGUUCGUGCUGCAAGAAAUCUUUUAUCCGCAGUAACUCGCUUACUUAUUCUAGCGGAUAUGGUUGAUGUGCAUUUAUUACUAAAAUCUUUGCAUGUAGUGGAAGACGACUUACAGAAGUUGAAAAAUGCAUCUUCCCAAGGAGAACUGUUAGAAAAUAUCAAGCAAUUUGGAAGAAAUGCAUCAGAACUCAUGAAUCAAGCUGCAAAGCGUCAGCAAGAAUUGAAAGAUCCUCAGUUACGAGACGACUUAGCUGCAGCUCGAGCUGUACUCAAGAAGCAUUCCACUAUGCUCCUCACUGCCUCUAAAGUUUAUGUUCGACAUCCUGAGCUAGCUGCUGCGAAAGCGAAUCGUGAUUAUGUUUUGAAGCAAGUAUGCGAAGCCGUGAAUACCAUCAACGAUGUUGCACAGGGAAAGACUCCUCUUGAUAGUCAACAUCCUUACGAAGGACCCGGUGAAUUAGCUGCCGCGUUAGAUGACUUUGACGAGAGAAUGGUAAUGUCUCCGCUCGCGUAUAACGAAGUACGCACAAGACCUAGCCUGGAGGAAAGAUUGGAGAGUAUUAUUAGUGGAGCUGCACUGAUGGCAGAUUCCUCAUGUACUAGAGAUGAGCGUAGAGAACGCAUUGUUGCAGAAUGUAAUGCGGUUAGGCAAGCUCUACAAGAUUUGCUCAGUGAAUAUAUGAAUAAUUUACAGCUCGCUCGGGGUGGGAAACGGAUGGGUGUUAAAGAACAAUCCGAAGGUUUGGAAAGAGCAAUCGAUCACAUGUGCAGAAAAACACGGGAUCUUCGUAGACAAUUAAGAAAGGCGGUCGUAGACCACGUAUCAGACAGUUUUCUGGAGACAAGCGUGCCCUUGCUGGUUCUGAUUGAAGCUGCGAGGAACGGUCGUGACAAAGAAGUAGAAGAAUACGCGCUUGUAUUCACAGAGCAUGCCAAUAAAUUAGUAGAGGUCGCCAAUCUGGUGUGCAGUAUGUCUGGGAAUGAGGAUGGUGUGAAGAUGGUCCGUUAUGCGGCAGCCCAGAUUGGGAACUUGUGCCCGCAAGUAAUUAACGCGGCCCGCGUGCUGGCAGCUCGUAAUCGAUCGAAAGUAGCCCUGGACAACAUGGAGGUGUUCCGGCAAGCGUGGGAGAACCAAGUCAGAGUAUUAACGGAAGCUGUCGAUGACAUCACCACCAUCGAUGAUUUCUUGGCCGUGUCCGAGAAUCAUAUCUUAGAGGAUGUGAACAAAUGCGUGCUGGCAUUGCAAGAAGGCGAUGCCGACACAUUAGAUAGAACCGCGGGUGCAAUCCGUGGUCGGUCAGCUAGAGUCUGUAACGUUGUCCAGGCCGAGAUGGACAACUACGAGCCUUGUAUCUAUACCAAACGCGUAUUAGAAGCUGUGAAAGUUCUAAGGGAACAAGUAAUGCCGAAAUUUGCGCAGAGAGUAGAAGUCGCGGUAGAUGCUUUGGGUAGUAAUCCUGCUAAAGAGGUGGAUGAGAAUGACUUUAUAGACGCUUCAAGAUUAGUUUACGACGGAGUCCGUGAAAUUAGACGCGCUGUAUUGAUGAAUAGAGCGGAUGAAGAUCUAGAUCCGGAGGACGUCGAGCUUGACGAACAUUAUACGUUAGAAACACGUAGUAAAUCAAGCGCCCAAACUGGCGAGCACGGUGUUGAUGAGUAUCCAGAAAUCAGUGGCAUAACGACUGCGCGCGAAGCUAUGCGCAAGAUGCCAGAGGAAGAUAAGCAGAAGAUUUUGCAACAGGUGGAGUACUUUAAGAGCGAAAAGUUGAAAUUUGAUAAAGAGGUUGCCAAAUGGGACGAUGCCGGCAACGAUAUUAUCGUUCUGGCAAAACAUAUGUGUAUGAUCAUGAUGGAGAUGACAGACUUCACCAGGGGUCGUGGACCUCUAAAGACUACCAUGGACGUGAUCAAUGCGGCCAAAAAGAUUUCCGAAGCUGGAACAAAAUUAGAUAAAUUAACUAGACAAAUUGCAGAUCAGUGCCCGGAGAGUUCUACUAAGAAGGAUCUCCUGGCGUAUUUGCAACGUAUAGCAUUGUAUUGUCAUCAAAUGAAUAUAACUAGUAAAGUUAAAGCGGAUGUACAAAACAUUAGUGGAGAAUUGAUUGUGUCUGGACUGGAUAGCGCAACUUCUCUUAUUCAGGCGGCAAAGAACUUGAUGAACGCGGUAGUUCUUACUGUUAAGGCUUCGUAUGUUGCAUCAACAAAGUAUCCUCGACAAUCUACAGUAACUUAUUCACCAAUCGUUGUAUGGAAAAUGAAAGCACCAGAGAAGAAACCGUUGGUACGACCAGAGAGACCAGAAGAAGUUAGAGCCAAAGUACGUAAGGGUUCACAGAAAAAAGUGCAAAAUCCGAUACAUGCACUCUCAGAGUUUCAAAGUCCUACGGAAAGCGUUUGAGCGCUCAUGUGUAAGUAAUUUAAUAAAAAUAAAAUCUAGACACAGCAUCACCUUUGGAGAGCCAUUCGAGCAAGAUGUUUUAUUUUCUACUAAAUAUGACGUUCAAAGACUUAAUCUGCAUUUAUUAACAAUUUCUUAUGUAUCAUGAAAUGUAGACACUCUUUCUGCAAAACGAUACCGUAGAAAGUUACAAGACGAAAUUAAGUGUUACUAAACAUAUUUUAAAUAUCAUCAGUGUACAAUCAUAUUAUAGCGUAUUAAAUAGUUGUAAUACCUGGUAGUAAAAGAAGCAAUUGAGAAAGAUUUUAAAUAAUAAAAUAUAAAGAAAAUUAA